AAGAUAAGUCAAGAAUAUUACAUACAUUUCUAUUGUAAUAAUGUAAUAAAUGCUGCCAAAAUACAAGAAAAAGUUCUUUAAUAAAUUAAACGUCAAAUCAAUCAAAUCAAAAUAUUUUAUUCAUAACCUUCUAUAAAAUUGUUUUCAAUUAAUUGUCAUCCAUAAGUCAGCUAAAAUGACCAAAAGUUUAGAUUUCAAAUUAACGUUUCCCAAUAACACAUUUAUUAAACUAAAUCCAGGUAGGCUUGACGUAAGUUCUAAGGUUAAGUUACCUGUUGUAAUAUUGUUUGGCUGGGCUGGAUCUAAAGAUAAAUAUUUGUCAAAAUACUCGCAAGUUUAUGAAGAAAAGGGAUUGAUAACCCUAAGAUAUACUGCUCCAGUUAAAUGGCUCUUUGUAAAACGGGACCACAUAAGUAUAAUUGGACAGAAACUGGUGAAGUUGUUGUUUGAGUUGAAUUUUGAUAACCAUCCAAUUUUUGUGCACUGUUUUUCAAAUGGCGGAGCGUUUCUUUACCAAAAUUUUUCUACAGCUAUUAAUUAUAAUGACAAACCAUUAGAACUGAAAGGUGUAAUAUUCGAUUCUGCUCCUGGCAAAAGAAGAUUAGGCACAUUGUUUAAAGCAAUUUCAGCAAUUAUGGAGGGCAACGUCUUAUAUAAUUUUACGACAUCUUUGUUUAUGACAAUGUUUCUAUCAUUAGUUUGGUUUGUUGAGGUAAUCAGCAAUACCCUUUUUGCAAGUGAGAACGUCCUAUCGAAUAACCCCUUCGCAAAUCUAUUAAAUGAGAAAAAUAGGUGUCCGCAGUUAUUUAUUUACUCAAAAAAUGAUGAUUUAAUACCACAUACAGAUGUGGAAGAGUUUGCAUCUCACCGGAAGAAGAGAGGUGUAGAUGUAACGACAGUGUGCUACGAUAAUAGCCUGCACGUUAAACACCUGCCAGAAAAUCGGGAAAGUUAUGUAACAAGCGUUUUUCAAUUUAUUAACAAAUGUCUUAAUGGUAGUAAUUAGUUAAAAGGCUGUUCUCCAAUGUAUUUAAUGUAAUAGUUACUAACUAGCCAUAGGCCACGAAAAUAUAUUUUUAAUUAUUAAGAGGUAAUUAAGACAUUAUCUUAGAAGCGAAUGUUAUAAAAGAACUGUCUUUAAUUUAGUUGAAUUAAGACCAAUGAAAAUUUUAAGUAAGAAAUUGAAAACUGUGUUAAAACGCAUUUAUAAUUUGAAUAGUAUUAAAAAUAUUGAUUUAAAUCAACUGAGUUAACUAUUAAUAUUUUUAAUGUUUGUUACAUUAGCACAAAUAUUAAUACACAAUUAAAGAAAAAUAUUACGUACAAAUUCAUAAGCCUAAAAUACUUACUCUAAGGUAAAAUUACCAAUUCUCUUAUUUUCAUUAAAUGCCGUAGUUUUCGCACAUUCUAUAUAUCGUUUUAUAUAUUUCUUAAAUUAUUUAUUUAUAGGUUUCACAAUUCCAGUUAUAACUUCUGUGAUAAUCGAAUUUUUAUUUAAAAUUAUGGUGGUUGCAUUAGGAUUUACUUAAAUUAUAUAGUGAGUAGAAAAAAUAGUGAGUGCAGCUAAAGUUGGAACGGAAUACUGUGAAACUUUUAAUUUCUAUUUGUGAUAUAUAACGUCUGACACAUAAAAUGGUUUAAUUUAGUUUAUUUUACUUUAUUAAUAUGACUUAAGUCUAUAUACUCGCUGAAUUAUUGAUAUUAUUUCAUCGAAGUUUAUUAAACUUAUAAUGAUUUAUAAAUUA